UUUUAUAGUAGUGUCCCAUACCCAAAUCAGUGGCCACUGUUUAGUUUAGUGAAAUUUUUGGAGCCCCAGAAGCAGAAGCUAGUAAGGGUGCUGUGUCCACUCAUUAUUCAUAUAUGUAGCCUUCACAAAUCAUAUGAGUUGUUGCUCUGCUAUGGCGUCCCUUCUCAAAGCUCCUUCCUUUAUCUCUCCUCUCAACCAAAAGUUGAAUUAUGUUAGCAUUACUCCCAUAACCACAAACAUGCAACCCAAAUUUUAUCAUGCUGGUGUUAGAAAUGGGAGAUGGCAUUUUCCUAGCAUGACAAUAAAAGCUCAGGCAGCUGUUGAAGGGGAUGUACUUGACAAAGAAUCAGUCUCUGCCAAUGAAGAAAAUGAUUAUGGGCUCGUUUGUAUGCACCAUGUUGGAAUUUUAUGUGAAAGCCUAGAAAGAUCACUUGACUUUUAUCAAAACGUUCUAGGCCUCAAGAUAAAUGAAGCAAGGCCACAUGAUAAGCUUCCCUACAGGGGUGCUUGGUUGUGGGUAGGCUCUGAGAUGAUUCAUUUGAUGGAGCUUCCAAAUCCUGACCCUUUAACUGGAAGACCUCAACAUGGUGGUCGAGAUCGUCACACAUGUAUCGCAAUCCGGGAUGUUUCCAAACUGAAAGCAAUCCUUGAUAAAGCUGGCAUCCCCUACACACUUAGUCGUUCUGGAAGACCAGCGAUCUUUACACGUGAUCCUGAUGCAAAUGCUCUAGAGUUUACACAGAUAGAUGAUUGAUGUUUAUGGAUGUUACUUGCGUUAAAGUCACCAAAACUGAAUGUAGAAUUAUAUGUACAAAUAAUUGCAUGUAUGUAAAAACUGAAGGCUGAAGGGAUUGUAACCAGUUAGCCAUAGUACUUAGUAAAGUAGCCUGCUAUGCAAUGGCACUGGCAGCAAUAGAUGAUUACUGGCUCGUCUUAUAGCAGAACUGUAUGGAUAAACGAGACGUAAUGUUGAAAGAGACAGUGACCUUAUUUGAAGAUAUUCAGAAGCCAAGAGUUUCAUUAUUUGAACAUAAAAA